CGUACAUGAUUAUAACGUGUAAAUAAGGUGCUGCAUAGGUACAUAACUAGAAUAUAAUUUAAAUAAAAAAUUGUGCUAAUUUAGUGCUCACUAAGGUACAUUUCAUGUGAAGUAAAACGUUAAUAAACUUUCGAUUUGGAUUUGAGUAAACAAUGGAUAAACAAAAUGAGAAUAAUCAAAACACAAAAUCCCAAUUAUCUACCAGUAGAAAACCAGAUACGCUAUAUUUAUACAUUUCUGUUAUAACAGCUCAAUUAAUAUCUAUUGCGUUUGGAUCAUCUAUGGUGUGGACUUCACCUGUACUAGGAAAAUUAUAUUCAAAUGAUACUGAAGUUAAUCCCAUAGGCAGACCCAUAACAACUAUAGAAGUAUCAAUGUUAGCUGCAAUACCAUCAUUUACCAACAUCCUUGGAAUAUUGGUUAUGCCCAAAAUUUCUGAUAUAAUCGGCAGGAAGCGGUACUUACUCUAUGGAGCAUUUGUAAUGCUGCUAGCAGGCGUUGGUUUAGCUUUUAGUAAUAAUGUGAUAUUAAUGAUAAUUACAAGGUGUAUUUUCGGUUUUCCCGCAUCUGGAAUGGUUGUAUGUUUAUAUGUAGCUGAAGUGAGCGAGGAUCACAAUAGAGGAAAAUUCGGUUGUUAUUUCGGAAUAUUCCAUCAAAUCGGACAUUUAUUUGGGUUUGUGAUAGGACCAUUUUUCAGCGUGAAAUAUUUCACAUUGAUUGUAACUUCUCCUUUAUUGAUAUUCCUUGUUAUCUUUACGAUGAUGCCCGAAACACCAAUGUAUUUGUUGGCUAAAGGUAGAGAAGACGAAUGCAAAAUUGCUUUGAGGAAACUAAGAAGCAACAAGAGCGAGGAAGAAAUAGAAUCGAGUUUGGAAAAAUUGAAAGAACACCAAAGGAAACCGAAAGAAGAAAAAGGAAAAAUAACUGAUUUGGUGAAAAAACGGGAGAGCAUAUUAGCUGUAAUAUUAGGUUUAAUACCAUUGCUAACUAAAUACUGUUCAGGUGUUACUGUAAUAUUCACGUUUUUAGCACCAUUUUUUGAUAAGGCAGACACCAGCUUAUCGGGAGACAUAGUAGCAAUUAUUAUAGCUGUUUUCAAAAUAACAUUUUUCCUCUUGACCUCUCUUGUAAUAGAAAGAUUUGGUCGAAGAAAAAUGCUUGUUAUAUCUUCCACUAGUACCGCUAUACCUUUGUUUCUACUAGGAAUUUACUUUUACUUACAAAGUAUCGAUUCAUCAUUAAUAGCAUAUCUUCAAUGGAUACCUCUAACAUGUCUUAUAUUUGUAGUUUGUUUCUUCGGAUUAGGUUUAGGCCCAAUUCCACAACCAUGGAUAUCAGAAUUAGCAUCGGAUGAGCUCAGAGCGGUGACUUCUUCACUAGUGCAUUCAAUUGGCACUGCUGUAUCUUUUGCAUUAACAUUUUUGUAUCCCAUAAUAUCGGAAUUGGGUAUCCAAUGGUGCGUGUGGUGGUUCUGUUUGAAUUGCAUCGUUGGUUCGGCUUUAAUGUAUUUCUUUUUACCUGAAACUAAAGGAAGAAGUUUUGAUGAAAUACAGGAAAUAUUGAAAAAUUAUGAUGGUUCGAAGAAAAUUUGAGUAUUUCUAAAAAGGAAUGUCCAUCUGAAAAAUAUUCUUUUGUUUAACAUAUGGUUUUAUUAAUAUUUCUGACAGGUUGAUAAAAUAUAAAAUGGAAUUUUAUACUGUUAAUUUUACUUUUAAUUUAUAAGGAACUGGGUUCAACCUAACAAACAUUUGAUGUAAAUAUAGGAUUGCGUGCGGAAUAAAAGUAUUAUCUGUUCAUCCAGUAAGGACUACUAUGGAAUAUGAAUUGUGCCAAUAUGCUGAUAUACAAGUAAUACAAAUAAUACUAUAAUAAAUACUACAAAUAAUAUUUAUACACUAAUGAAGAAGUAGGUACAUUACUUAUUAAAUUUAAGCAGGUUUAUUUUGGUACUUAUACAUUUGAGGCUCAUUUGAUACUGUGUUACAUUAUAGAUAUUGUUAUUGUAAGGAAAGAUAAUACGCUUUAGACUUACGAAAACGGUAACAUUGUUGGUUUUAUUUUCUCGUGUAAAUAUUCUAAAGGUAAUAUUAGUUUAAUAACCCUUUUGUUGAAAACUGUUUGCGAAUACAUAACUCAUUAAUUACUUUCAUAUCAAGAGCUUUUGCUCUAGCAAUUUAAUUCCAUUUAUUCAUGAAAAUAAAUAUUUCUUUAAAAUUAUCAUAAUUUAACAAAAGGCAUAAUUCGCUUGCUCGUGGCACCAAGAAUAGAUAUUUUUCAAUAAAGCAUGUUUUAUGUCAGGUGUUUACCUGAUGUAUUAUUUCUAUCCUUUCCAGUUCAUCGUGGAAAAGCCUCACGUCUCUGGAUCUGAGUUAUAAUCAACUAGACAGUGUGCCUUUCGUCGCACUCAAAGAAUCCCGGAGUCUCCAAUGGAUUAAUCUUCACGGAAAUAAAAUCGCCUCGCUGGAAGGCGACUGGUCGCACAUGGAGGGCACGGCAGCUACAUUGUUCCUGGGCGAGAACGACAUUAUCGAAAUUCCAUCCGAUUCGUUGGACCAUGCGGCGAAGAAUGCACGCGGUCUUCGUCAGUUUAAAUCUCUAAUUUGGCUCAACCUGGACGGUAACAGAAUACACAAAAUCCACAAGCAUUCUCUGCCGCCUACGCUGCAAACAGCCAGUCUGUCGCAUAAUCUAAUAGAAACCUUCCCUGCCGAAUUGGUGGCCGCUUUGCCUCGAUUGCAGUGGCUUUAUUUGCGAGGAAAUCACAUAAAAAAUUUACCGGAGUACACGUUUCCCAGGCGACAAUGGAUGGAGAAAAUUGAUCUCGGCGAGAACGUCUUGAAGUCUCUUCCAAAAAUGCCCUUCAAUAAUAGCAUAUCGAUAAGAGAUAUUAACCUGGCUUCGAACGAUUUUAGAACGAUUAAUGCAGACAGUUUUAGCGGUCUCGAAACUAGGAGAAUUAUAUUUUCGUAUAAUCUUUUGGAGAGUAUGGACAUAAGAGCGUUUAGUGGUAUUGAGGAUAAAUUGGAAUAUUUAGAUUUCGAUCACAAUAAUUUGCAACAUAUUCCACAAGCUGUUAGCGAUUUAAAUUGUCUAAAAUAUUUAUAUCUUUCAGCCAAUUUGCUUACAGAAAUACCUGAUAAUUCUUUCGAGAAUUUUUGCCAUAGUCUGAAAGCUCUAAGUUUGAGUGGAAAUCACUUAUCGAUUGUACCCCGUAGAGCGUUGAAUAAUUGUACUAAGAUUUCCCAUUUUAAUAUUGCAUCUAAUGAAAUUAACGACGUAAAUAAAGAGGAUUUCGAAUGGGGAACAAAUAUUAGAUCCUUAAAUAUGGCUAAUAAUCAUAUAACGCAUAUUCAUGCUAAUAUAUUCGCGAAUUUGCAUAACCUGAAGGAGCUCAGUUUAAGUUUUAACCCAGUUCGUUACAUAGACAAAGAUGCAUUUUCUGGAUUAGAGGAUUUAGAGAGUUUAGAAUUAUCGUUCAGUUUAAAUCCUGAUAUUGAAAUCAAUGAUAUAUUUACACCGUUAAAAAAUUUACAAUGGUUAUCCUUAGAUAAUAAUAACUUGCUGCAUUUACCAGAAGAUUUAUUUAAUCCCCUCGUCCAGCUGACUUAUCUAAACAUAGAAUCAAAUAAGUUGCAUAAUCUACCAAAGCAUUUUUUUCAAUUGAAUUUGGAAUUGAAAGAACUUCGUCUAUCGUACAAUGAAUUGCGAUUAAUCGAAUCUGGAACGUUCUCGCAUUUACCGAAUCUCGAAACUGUUACUUUACACGGUAAUAAAAUAAAACAUAUACAAAGAGAAAGUUUCACUUUUUUGCCUCGAAUUAACGUAAUUACGCUUUCCGAUAAUUACAUCACCCAUAUAAGCCAUGAUGCAUUCUCGAAUACUCCCUCUCUAACAAAAAUAAAUUUGCAGAACAAUUUUUUGAAAGAGGUAUCCUUCAAGUUCUUCACUAAUGUUACUAGUUCUAUUUCGCUUAACUUAACCAUGAACCGUAUUUCAUUUUGUACUUCCGACUCGAGAAUAUUAAAUAUGGAAUCGCUCGAUUUGAGUUUUAAUAAUUUAGAAAACAUUCCGAAAUGCCUGGAACAUACGGCUUCAUUGAAGAAAUUAAUUUUAGACUCGAAUCUUGUUAGUUCCUUGGAUCAUAAUUCAUUCAUGCAUUUAACGUCGUUGGAAGAACUUAGAUUGAAAAACAACCGAAUUUCAGCUAUAAGCAAGAAAGCGUUUUUCGGUUUACAGAAUUUGCAGAUACUCGAUUUAACAAAAAAUUCUAUUAGGCAAUUACAUAGUAGCCAGUUUGUUAAUAUGCACAAGUUACGGAUUUUAAUAUUGAAGGAUAAUCGUCUAAGUUAUCUCCCUAGGGAUAUUUUCAGUAACACGCUGUUAGAAAUGCUAGAUUUGGGAAUAAAUUCUAUUAGUGUAGUCCCUACGUCGAGCAUUUCAGAUGUCGGUUUGACCCUAAGGUAUCUGUCUAUGCGUUCUAAUAAUAUAGAUCAUAUAGACAUUACGACAUUUCCUGACAUUGCAUCAUUACAACAUCUGGAUUUGAGUAAUAAUAAACUAACUAUUCUCCCUGACAAUGUAUUCGCCAGUUUGGGGCUCUUACAUUAUCUUGAUUUAAGUUUCAAUCCCUUAAGAUCUAAUUUCAAGGAGCUUUUUCACUAUGCACAAAGUUUAAAGACCCUUGAUUUGUCGAACUCGUGGAUAACUCAUGCCCCUUAUUUUCCAUUACCUAAUUUAGUUUAUUUGAACUUGUCACAUAAUCUUAUCGAAAGCGUAAAUAAAAAUUCGAUACAGCAGUUGAUUAAAUUGAAGUCGUUGGAUUUGAGUUAUAACAGUUUGGAUGGAAUACCGACUCACUUAUGGAGCCAUUUGCCUAAUUUAAAAAUUCUGAAUUUGUCCAACAACCCGAUUAAAGUAUUGCUCUCGGAUAGUUUUUCCGGACUUCCGAACUUGCAGGAACUUGUAUUGUUAAACUUGAAAAACCUGCAGAGAUUCGAUGGACUCGGAAUUUCUCAACUCACUGUGUUAUCUAAGCUAACAAUGGAAACUUGGCCCAAACUCGACCAUUUUUCCGACCAAUUGUGCAAUAUGUUGUCUAAUUCAAAUCAAUUAAGAAUCCUCAAAAUCCACUUCCACGAGAAGAAAUUGGACGACCAACUACUGUGCGUAACAAACAGAAAAAUUCGACUGUUAGAAAUAACCGGUAAAAACUUGAAAACUGUAGAUAAAGAUGCGUUCGCCAGGUUCACCAGGAAUCCAGAUCUCGAACUCAAGAUACACGGCACGCAAAUAGAAGAUUUACCGGCAGGAAUAUUCACGAACAUGUACAGAAUAUCGUAUUUGAGGAUAGAUUUAAGGUUCAAUAUGCUAACCCAUUUAAGUCCGGAUAUAUUUUAUGGUAACACAACGGGUUGGAGGAAUGUCGGAACAACUUUACUCUCUGGCGGUCUUCUUCUGUCGCACAAUCCCUUCCGUUGCAGCUGCCACUUAGCAUGGCUGGGCCACUGGUUUCGACGAUGGAUAAGAGAAAGCGUUCAAUCUCACAAUGUCCCGGUGGAAACCGCCGUGAGAAUGCAACAGAUGAUCAACGAAGCCACUUGCAUAGAUUCGUCCACCGGUAAAGCGAUACCGAUCGUGCAUUUACCGCCAGAAGAUAUGAGUUGUCACGCGAGUGCUCUCAGUAAAUCCCCUAAGUUAAAAAGCACAUCAUUGCUUUUUGUUAGUCUGAUCCUUUAUUUCGAAAUUGUUAGGUAG